GCCAGGCUGGGGCUCCCCGUGGGAGUCUAAACAAAGGCUGAAGUAGAGGUGCCCCUUCCUGGAACCCGAGGCGACGACGGAACAGGCGGCGCGGGCGGGACCUUCCUCCGGGCGUCUGCGGGAGGGCUCCUGCUCCACGACAUGACCAUGGCCGGGCUGCAGGAGUUACGAUUCCCCGAAGAGAAGCCGCUGCUCCCUGGUCUGGACGCCGCUGAGAUGGACAACUCCGACACCUUCCUCUUGUCUGAGGACACAGACUGGAAGAGUUGCUCUGAGAUGGCUCUGGCAGAGGUGGCCGAGGCACGGAGAAGUGACUGCCCUGCUGAGAGUCACACAGAACAUGACAUCGAAACGCCUUAUGGCCUCCUGCAUGUGGUGAUCCGGGGGUCCCCCAAGGGGAACCGCCCAGCCAUCCUCACCUACCAUGACGUGGGCCUCAACCACAAGCUGUGCUUCAACACCCUCUUCAAUUUCGAGGACAUGCAGGAGAUCACCAAGCACUUUGUGGUGUGCCACGUGGAUGCCCCUGGUCAGCAGGUGGGGGCGUCUCAGUUCCCUCAGGGGUACCAGUUCCCCUCCAUGGAGCAGCUUGCGGCCAUGCUCCCCAGCGUGGUUCAGCACUUUGGGUUCAAGUAUGUGAUUGGCAUCGGAGUGGGAGCCGGAGCCUACGUGCUGGCCAAGUUUGCACUCAUCUUCCCUGACCUGGUGGAAGGGCUGGUACUGGUGAACAUCGACCCAAACGGCAAAGGCUGGAUCGACUGGGCGGCCACCAAGCUCUCCGGCCUGACCAGCACGUUACCCGACACGGUGCUAUCCCACCUCUUCAGCCAGGAGGAGCUGGUGAAUAACACGGAGCUGGUGCAGAGCUACCGGCAGCAGAUUGCGAACGUGGUGAACCAGGCCAACCUGCAGCUCUUCUGGAACAUGUACAACAGCCGUAGAGACCUGGACAUCAACCGACCUGGAACGGUGCCCAACGCCAAGACACUCCGCUGCCCAGUGAUGCUGGUGGUCGGGGACAAUGCGCCCGCUGAGGAUGGGGUGGUUGACUGCAACUCCAAAUUGGACCCGACCACCACCACCUUCCUGAAGAUGGCAGACUCCGGGGGGCUCCCCCAGGUCACACAGCCCGGAAAGCUGACUGAGGCCUUCAAAUACUUCUUGCAAGGCAUGGGCUACAUCGCGCACUUGAAGGACCGAAGGCUGAGUGGAGGAGCAGUGCCCUCGGCCAGCAUGACCCGGCUCGCCCGCUCCCGCACCGCGUCCCUCACCAGCGCCGGCUCGGACGGCGGCCGCCCGCAGGCCUGCACCCACUCGGAGAGCAGCGAGGGGCUGGGCCAGGUCAACCACACCAUGGAGGUGUCCUGCUGAAGCCCUCUGUCUCCCGAGACGCCCACCACCUCCCCCGCCCGCAUUGACGUCCCACUGCCAUCCUCCGAGCCGGCUCAUUUCCCCUGUAGUUUAUUUUCGUGAGGGUGAAGGGGAGGAAGUGGGGUUACUUCUCUUUUGUUUUCAGAUAUGAGGGGAUCUAUCUUUGAGGUGGCAGAACAGUCUUCAGAUGGUUUGAGGGGCUCACUCCUCGCCACCCCCAUUUCACCCAUGUUGUCAACUGGACUUAGACCCUGCUCUUCCAACUCCCCGCCCUCGGUACAGCCGGGGUGGGGGUCCAGGGAGGAGGGGGACUGGCUGGCAAAGGAACCCCUGAGUCCUUCUCUAGUCAGGAUGCGGGAUAAUACCUGAGGUUAAAGCAAGCGCGGAUGGCCGGCCGGCAGGUUUGGAGAUGGGGUGGGGUUCGGCGAAGGUGGGUGCUGGGGUAGCAGGAGCACGGGUCAGCUCAGGCACUGGUGUGUGAGCCAAGAGACGGGGGCGCCAUGGGAGGCGGGGAGACCCGCAUCUCUCAGGGCCCCUUUUCCCAACCCCUCCACCAAGCACAUCUGAGGCUGCCUCCAUGCGGCAGCCUUCUGCACAGCAGCCACAAGAGGGCGCUCCUACCAGCCUGUGGUUUUCCUGGUGCUCUCUGGGUCCGGCUGGUCCUGUAGGGUCAGGCUGGCAGAGGCUUGAAGAGAUUUUUCUGCUUCUGGAUUAGGACAGGAACCCCACAGAAAGCCCACACACUCCACCACCUCCUGGCCCUAUCUCAUUUUUGAAGCCAGAAGUGGCCUGGUCCAACAUCUCCAGAUGGGGACCUGGGGGAGGGGGCAAGUGGGACUGAGGUUGAAGGCGGAGAUACCCUGUGAGCACACACCACCUGCGGACUUAAUGGCGAACCAGCAGACAGGUGGCUGAGCUUACUGCGGACCCCUGUUGGCCCUAGUUCCGUGGCCAAGGUCAUUGGAAAUGAGAGUUCUGGUCAAACUGUGCCCCCUUUCAUAGAGGCAUCACAAAGAGGAGUUUAUUUGGCCCAAGUUAGCCAGACUUCCUCAGGCCCACAAUGCCAUCUCAGCCUGUUGGGGGGGACACGGAGGCCUUGUUUGGAAUGGGAGGUGAAAGUUUCAGCAGUGGCCAGGGACGGGGCAGAGUGGACAGAGGCUGCCCCCACAUCCAGCCCCUCCUGCCUCCUGCAGGAUACUUGCCAUGUACUUCCUGCCCCACCCCCCAUCUGGUAAAAUCUGACCCAGAAACCAGAAGCCAUUUGUUCUCAGCCUCAAUCAGUUGCCUCGCACCCUAAAACAGGUAGGAAGGGGAGAGCAAUGAAAAUUGCAGGGCUGUGGAGGGUCACUGUGUGUGCGGGGUGUUCUGAGGCUGAGAGGACACCUGCAUCCACAUUUCCUCUGUGCACAUCACCCCACUUCUGUAAUCUGAAGCCAUUACGAGACUGCUCUAGAGCCGGGUGGAGGUGUCUGUCCCCAGUUCUAUUCACUCACGUGCUUCCUUUGAAUAUUGAAUGUGACUCAACAGCUGGUAGAAUCCCUUAUUGUAGAUAGUGCUUCAAAUCUUGGACUUCCUGUUUGUUUGUCUUGCUGUGUUCUCUCAGAUGAGAUAUCUAUAAAUAUACAUUAUAUAUAUGUCUGUACAUUGGGUCCGCCUGUGUGUGGUUUUCCAUUGGAGGUUGCUCUUUGGUCACAGUGAACUUUUAAUGGAGUUUUAUUAUCUUCCUCUGUAUAAAGUGAAGAGCCGAAAUUUGUGUAUUUGGUGGCUGAUGUCGUGAGACUUUGAGAUGACAAGAUGUAAACCAUAAGAAUCCUUGUCGACGUAGACAGUUAACUGCGCUGAAAAAACUAAUAAACUAAGAAGAACUCGA